CCACAUAGAUAUCCAAUACAUACCAAUUUCAUAUAAUUUCAAUUACCAUUUACAAACAAUGACAAAAGUUUAUUCAUUGUUAUUAGUCAUUUUCAUAAUUUUAUCGGUCAUUGCGGUGCAUCACUUUCCUGUAGCAUCCUCUAAACAAUGGUGCAUAGCAAAUUCGACGGAGACAGAUGCAGAACUACUAUUAAAUAUAUAUUUAGGGUGCGAACAUAAAUUCGUCAAUUGUAAACCAAUCUACCCUGGUGGAUCUUGUUUCGACCCUGAUACUCUCAUUAGCCAUGCGUCAUUUGUGAUGAAUGCUUUUUUCCAACUCCAUAAUCGCACCAAAGAAUAUUGUGGUUACAACAAUACUGGCAUAAUCACUAGCACUGACCCAAGUUAUGGUUCAUGUGUGUAUUAUGUAUCUUAGAAAUAUAAAAUUGGUUUUAAUAAUUGAUCCCUAGAACUCUUUGCGGUAUGUGACCAACAUAAUUAUGUAAUGUUGCAAUAUGUGAUCAAAAUUAAUA